UCUGAACCUCUAUCUUCUCUCUCCCCCAGGUAUCUCAAAACUACUUGCGUGUGUCAUUCCUAUCGCUCAGAUCACCAUAGGUGCAGUGUACCUGUAUGACUGCCCCCGGCAGCACUACAUCCCCAUUUACCUGGUGGUAAUGGGGGCCACCGGCCUGGCCCUAGCCCUGCUCUCCUGCCUACCAUGUGCCCAGGACUCAGAUGACAAGGCCCCCAACCUCCUGAACCACCUCUGCACCACCUGGAGCACCCUGGCCUCCCUCUUCCUCUUCUGCUGGUUCAUCAGCGGUAACGUGUGGAUCUACUCCAUCUAUCAGCCCAAUUUCAACCAGACACUGAAUGAGGACCCCUACUGCAACAAGACCCUGUACUUGUUUGCCUUCUGGACCACCACUCUAGCCUACGUUGUGCUGGGCCUUCUGCUGCUGGGGGGAUGCUGUAUGCUUGUCUGUGCCUCUAUACUGGGCAAGAGGGACCCUGAUGACAACAGAUCAUGAGGGAGAGGAUGAGAGGAGGGGAGGAGAGGAGACAACAGUACAAGACAGGAGGAGGAGGAAGGGAGAGUAGAGGGCAGUAGAGGAGAGGGGAGAAGAGAGGAGCGGAGCGGAGGAAGAUGGCAUUGGAGAGGGGAGGAGAGGGUGUAUAAUGUUGACUAAACAAACUAGAGAAAACCAAUAGAAUCCAGUUAUCAAUUGAAUAACGAAUUAUUGGUUUUAACUGUUAUUAUAUAUCACUGUGUUUCUGUAUGAGAAACGUUGUUGCAUUCAUUCUCAUUAGCUCAAUUUUAAACUAUUUAUACGUUAUUAAAUGUAUUAAAGUAAA